UUUUAAAGACUCUUCAGUUUAGCCUCUAUAAAGAAUACUAUGCACAUCGCAAGACAAUUUAUUUCCGUGUUUACGACGACCGCCAUUGUGGUCAUUCUUGCGAUAACGAACGGUGGAAACGCGACUUUACCCGAAACCAUAAAAUGGACCGGUGGAAACUUCGAGUGGCCUUGUCCCACCACCAAGAACAUGUUCAAAAGUAGUGGAAAAUACGUUUCGAAAAACGUAAUCGCGACCAGGGUCGCGCUGUAUACCAACAACGCCAUUGUGGCCCUUCCCAGGUACAAGGCUGGUAUUCCCGUGACAUUGGCGAAGAUCUCUCAGGAUGUCGAAAGCUGUGAAGCAACCCUGGUCCCCUAUCCUUGUUGGUCUCUUCAGGAGGAAGGAACUUGCACGGCCCUGCAGAACGUGGUAGACAUUUAUCUGGAUCCUCAGAACAUUCUCUGGGUUCUCGAUACUGGAGUGGUGAACACUUUGGACGAACCUAUGCGAAAGUGUCCGCCAAAAAUCCUCGCUAUUAACGUCGUCACAGGCAAGUUAGUGAAGACCGUAGACCUGACUGGAUUGACGAGUUCGGCGUCCCGAUUGCAAUACCUGGUGUCCGAUUACAGUCAGGACGGCAGAGUGUUCGUCUAUGCGUCAGACGCUGCGUCAAGAGCCAUCCUCGUCUACGAUGUCACUCUAGGUCGAGGCUACCGCGUCGUUUUGCCCCAAGCCGUCGCCAUGGGCGCAACCCGAAGAGACGUUUUGUAUCUCGCGCUACUCCGACGUUCAGACGGGAGCACAUGUUUGAUCUUCACUUAUUUAAGCAGUAGCCGUAUGUUCUCCAUCAGAACGGAACAUCUACGCAGUGGUUCUGCGAAUGGCAAGAUCCACGAUCUUGGUAUGAAACCGAAGAAGAUGAUCUUCUUGGGUACGGACAAUGGCAGCGCCCUUUUCUUCCGGUACGAAGGCGAACCGGAUGUUUACCGAUGGGACGCGGUCAAUCCAUUCGUUUCACGAUGUUUCGACAAGGUGUACACCAGUGCCGAAUGUUCCCUUGUUACUCAUGUGGUUGCGGAUUACGCGAGAGGGAGGAUGCGCGUGCUUGAAUCGAAUUUUCCCGAUUAUAUGCAAGGCUCGGUUGGAUGCGGUGCCACACAGGCGUUGAAUGUUAUGUGAUGUUGAUAAUCGUAGGAUAGGUUUAGCAUUAAAUAAAUUAAAUUCCAAUGAAAUAAAUUAUUUUUCUAUUUAUCGUAUCUUUUAUUCUUAGCCUUGCCUCGUCUUGAAAUAUUUUACGUUCAAUAGUUCUGCAGGGAUCGACUGAAAUGUUCGUAGAUUUUCGAUGAUCCUACAUUUUUAUGAAAAGGAAAGAGAAACGAAAGAAUUAAAAAUAUUUAUGCAUACGGUUUGACUGUCGAUUCUAAUCGAUACCGUAAAACUACACAGCAGUCAUUUCUACAGCCGUAUGCGUCAAACAGGGCUAUAAAUCAAGAUGCAAAUCAUUUCGUGAGGCUGACUAUGUAUCCCGUAGCUCGAAACGGUACCAAGGAACUUCGUCGGAAAAAACGGAACCUUUCUCUCUUACAAUCACUCCUUCGUUGCUGCGACCAUGAUUAGUCGGCGUUAGUCGACAACAAGAAACGUUUCCUCUAAAUCGAACGGGCAAUAAUUCACUGGAACGUUGAAAAGAUAAAAUAGAACGCGUAUCCAACUUAAUAUUUUUUCCAGCUGUCACAUUUGGCGAACAGUUGUGGUUAUCAGGUCACGCAACUGCGCUAAGAUUUGCGCAGUAACAUUUCUAGGUAAAUGAGCUCAUUUUAUAAUAACAGUUGGUCGUGAAAUAUUUUUAAAUUAUGAUAUUUCAAAAUAUUAUGCGCAUACGUAUUGGGUUGUCUCAAAAGUUUCUUACGUUUUAAAAGGAAAUAAUAGAUGCACAACAUUUUUCUAUACACAAUAUGUUUUAUAUUAUUUUAUUGAAUUAUGUAUAUAAAAUGAUAGAUACGAUAAAUAAUAUAGAACAAAAAAUGUCUUGCAUUUAUUGUUUCUUUGUAAAACGAAAGAAACUUUUGAGACAACCUAACACUUACGACUAUCUUUACAUUCCCUUACAAUUAAUACGAUUGCAUAAAUACGUUUUGAUAAAAAGAAUUGGAAAGCGCGUGUCACAACGUGUUAUCACGUUUCUGCAAAGAACGAAACUCUUUCUUCAAAGCAGAAACGCGGCUUUCCAUGAAAAUCGAUAUACGGUAUUGAGUUUGUUUCCUGCAUUGCAACUAUCCGAGUGAAAGCUCGAUCCAUAUAUUGUUACGCAUAAAAUAAUCUAUACCUCUUUAUACCUUUCGUAUUAAUUACCAUUUACAACAGCCGAUACGCGUAGAUCCAAUAAAACCAGCCUAGAAAGUAUUUUUUCAGCGUUAAAUUUAUUCGUUGAAACGUUGAAUAUCUCGGCCUUGUAUCGUUUCUACAAAUUUUACUAUUUCGCAUUUUAAUUAUUCUUUUAUUUCUAGAUUUCCAAAGCUUUCAGUCCUAAUCAUUGUCGACACAAUAAAUUAAAUAAAAAUUCAAUAAUAUCGUUUAUGCUAAUUGGCUGGUAUAGCGUGCACGAUUACCAUCAAAGUUUCUUAUUAUGACACGCGUAGAGGUCUGCUGGGAUCACGACUUCGUUUAAUUAGCCUCUUGCGACGGGUAUGAGCGUGCACGCUGUCGAAACGUGCCUAACCAUGGUUGAGAAAAAAUGAUAGUUACUGGAGCUACUACUCUACGAAGACACGUAAUUGUAGUUCACUUGACGAGGUGAUUUACUACUCACUAUGCUAUGUAAUUUUCAUGCGGAUUUUUUUCUAAAUUUUCACGUCGAU